AUGCCUGGUAUAUUACCCAUGAAGGUCAUCAAGGUGGGCACCACAGCUCAGAGUCGCAUCGCCCAGGCCUGCGACAGGUGCCGGAGUAAAAAGAUUCGCUGCGAUGGCGUCCGGCCCACGUGCUCGCAAUGCUCCAGCGUGGGCUUCGAGUGCCGCACAAGCGACAAGCUCAGCCGUCGAGCCUUUCCCAGGGGAUACACAGAGUCUCUCGAGGAGCGCGUGCGGGCGCUCGAGACCGAGGUCCGCGAGCUCAAGGAUCUGCUCGACGAGAAGGACGAGAAGAUCGACAUGCUCUCGAGGAUGCAUGCCAACAGGCCUACCCCCCCUUCAUCUUCGGACUCGCCGGACUCGAGAAGGGACCCGAUACAGCCGCCCAACGAGGAUACCUUCUAUGUGCACUCGUCGCCUUUAAUGCUGCAGGUGGACGGGUCGGACUCUUACUUUAUGGGGCCGUCGAGUGGACGGGCAUUUAUCGAGGCCUUCAAGCGUAGGUUUCAAGAGUCGGGCAAGCCGCCUUGCGACUUUGCGCCCGAAGACUUCCUCCACAUCAAGGGGGUGACGCCUCUGGUCAACUCCGCCGCCUCCGCCGCCUCGCCCCAACCACCGCAGAAGGACCUCGUCCCCCCUCCCAGGCUCUUCUCCGAUCGCUGCGUCAACGUCUACUUCCAGGAGUGGGCGCCCCUCUUCCCGGUCCUGCACAAGCCCACCUUCCUCCGGAUCUACGAAGAGUUCGUGUCCGACCCGGCCAAGAUCAAGAGCAGCUACAAGAAUGCACUGCUCUACCUCGUCUUCAGCAUCGCCGGCCUGUCGCAGGAGUCGCCCGACAUGGCACAGCUGGACGCCUGCGAGGCUCAGUGGAACCAGUCGCUCGAGCAGCUGCUCAACGAGGACUCGGUCGAGACCCUCAAGGGCCUCAUCCUCGCCAUCAUGUACUGCACCAUGAGGGCCGACUACCGCAAGCUCCAGCACUACAAGGCCAUCGCCGUCGGCCUGUCUCAUAGGCUCGGCCUUCACCAGAGCCAGAAGCGCUUCUCCUUUGGCGCCCUGACGGCCGAGACGAGGAAGAAGGUCUUCUGGACCCUGUACACGCUCGACUGCUUCACCGCCGCCACACUGGGUCUGCCCAAGCUCCUCAAGGAAGAGGACGUGCAGGUCGAGUACCCUUCGGACACAGACGACGAGUACGUCACCGAGAAGGGCUUUCAACCUACGCUUCCGGGCGAGUCCACUCGCCUGUCCAAUGCGCUGGCCCUGUUCCGGGCUUCGCGCAUCCUCGCCCGCGUCCUGGCGACCAACUACCCUGCCACUUCGUCGGCUGAGCUGUCGCUGCAGCGCAUGGAUGCCCUCGGCACGGAGCUCGACGUGUGGUGCGACAAUCUGCCGAACCACCUGAGGCUCAACUUUGUGCAGGGCAAGCCGUCGACCGACGUUACGGGCAGCCGCUCGCCGCUCCUGUCCCUGGCCUACCACUUCAUCCGUACCCUGAUCUACCGCCCCGCCGUCGGCUCCAGCCUGGGCCACAAGGCCGCGCCGGCCCUGCUGGCCAUCAGCGAGUCGAGCAAGCACAUUGUGCAGAUCGUCGAGCUAUUGGAGGAGCGCCACAUGAUCUUCUCCUUCUGCUUCAACCGCAGCGACCUGCUCACCAUGUGCGGCAUGACGCUGCUGUACCGGGCCAUCGGCCUCAAGAAGGACAGCAAGCUCAUGCGCGAGGACGAGCGCCUGGUCAACGCCGUCAUCCGGUUCGUUGACGGCGCCGAGACCUCGGCUGGUUCGGAGCAGUUCAGGAAGAUUGCCAGCCGACUCAUCUCGGUCAGCGGCAUGGACAGCCAUCCGAAUGCGACGCCUGCCGCUUCGUCAUCCUCCCCCUGCCCGAGCGACGGCCUCUCCAUGUACUCUGCCCGCCGGUCACUGGCAGCCAGGAAGCCCAGGUCCCUCUUCGAGGAGUCUGACGACGGCGAUGCGCACCCGAACAACCAGGAGAGGAUGCGUCGCAUGACGAUGCCCAAUCUCGCCGAACCAGACGCCGACCUGCUGCAGCAUGAUAACCGCAUGCGGCACUCUGUAUCGCACGCGUCUGAUUCGUUCCACCAACGCCACCACCGCCACUCGGCCAUGCAACAGCAGCAGCAGCAGCAGCAGCAGCAGCAGCAGCAUGGCCGCCAGAACCUAGACUACCUGUCCCUGAACAGUACACCGUCUCCGUCCCGACACACGUCACCUCCCCUGCAGCAGCAGCAGCAGCAGCAGCAGCACAGCGGAAGCGCCAUGCCACCGCCACCGCCAGCACACUCCAUGCCGCAUCAGCAGCACUGCCUGCCCCUGGCAGCCACCAAGCACCACCAGGAUCCCCCCGUGUCCGGUGCGGAGUGGGAGAUGCUCCUGGGAACCAUGGACGGCGGCAUGAACAACGUGUACGACGCCAUCUACGGCGGGCGUGGCUUCACCGGCAGCGACGACGUCGCCGUCCCGCCGCCGCCGCCGCCCCCUCAGCACAUGGCCGGCCACGGCGAGUGGUCGCCCGACUCGUGGGACCUGAGCACCUUCAGCAUCGUCGACUUUGGCAACGGCGGUGGUGCGGGCGGUGAUGGCCCUGCCGUCGACAAGCCCGAGGGUGCUAAGCCGCAGAGCGUGGUGAGCCUAAGUGACGAGAGCCUCAGCUCAGGAGAGGACGUGGCGCCUUCGGAGCUAGGUCUGACUCUUGACUACCCUGGUAGUAUCAGUGGUGAAGGAUUCAUUCUGGAAGGAUUGGAUACGUUUCCUCUCUGA